AUGGAGAAAGUGAAAAGCGGUGUUGAGCGGACGGCCAUUAUCAAAAACCGCCCCAACACUGAACAGAAGUUGACCGCCAAUGGUACCCCGCAGCUGAAUAGCGACGGUACGCCCCUGCUCCGACUACGACCUUCGCAGCUGUACCACGGGCAGCACGGUCAGCAGGCUGCGGCCCAAGGACUGCCUUCGUCCGAUCGCAAAUCCCACACCUCACAUCAGCAAGAUCGCACGGAUGAGCAUGAUGAAGAAGACGAUAAGGAGCUGGAAAAUCAAUACUUCUACGAGGAUGAAAUUUUUUGUCUCACCCCCAAGAACGGUCACGUCAAGUUCGGCCUGGUGCUCCGCAACUACGACGACAGCGGGGAGGAAACACCGGAUGAGGAUGCACCAAAACGGGGCGAAAUUCGUGCCUGCUGGCAUCCGGAUGGUCGCGAAGAGACCAUCAAGCAACGAAAGGUGGGGCUUGCAGACAGGACUCUGAUGCCGGGUGAUGUUGUACGUCGGAUGGUUCCAGGAAAAGAUACACAGCAAGGUUACUGCCACGAAAUAACGGUUCGAGCGGAUCUGCGCAUCGUCGGCACAAAGUACGUCGUGCGAAAUGUGUCUUCUGAUCGACUCCGACCACUCCUGUCCAUGCCCAAGGAUAGCGCGGUUUGUUUGGAUUCCUGGGUCGGCAGCACAAAACAGAUCAACGAGAAGUUGGUGCUCAAGUCGUCUUGCGGAUCGUUGGUAGAAAUCUGCCCUGCCAGCGACCUGGGUAUGUUACGCGACAACAGUACACGUUUCCGGCGCGGAUAUUUUGCCGAAUCACUGUACUACCCGGGUCAGCAGCUGGUUGGCUUGAUGAGUGAACUUGGCAGCGGCAAGUGGCUCACGACGUCGAACGAGAUGAAGCUGUCCCGCAAAAAUUUCAUGCUGGAACGGAAGUUCACCGUCCAGUCGGUGGAACUGCAGGGCGUUUCAGUGCACUGGCAGUGCAAGGUAUCGAGCGAGGAUCUAGAGCAAGAGCUGCCCGACAGCAGUACCCUGCAGCAACCACCCGAGUAUAUAACCGGAGAGGAUUUAAGACGUUUAAAAAAGCUAAACCUAUUCGAGUCGUGCAUGCUACAGAUCAACGACAGAAACUACUUGAAACUGAAUGAAUCGGACGUCAUAUGUUCGAAACACGCUUGGCGGAAGGAUAUGAGCAGCAAAUACCGCGAACAACUUCUACAAGAGCGCACGGGGAAAGCAACUGCCACCGGCAAAUCGGUUUCCGAUGUGGAGGACAAAAAAGUAGAAAUGGCAAAGUGUAACUGCGCCAGUGGGAAACUUCCGCUGCGAGUUGCAGGGAAGGACAUUGAUGGUCAGAAUGUGGCUUCGAAAGCUGCGGAUGGCGAUAGCGAUGAGGGAUGGGAAACAGAUGAGGAUGGCGAACAGUCGGACGGAGCGACCACAUCACUCAUGGCGACAUCCAAAUCGAGCCCCAAAAAGUCACCGUUGCUGAGCAAACGGGUUCGUAAGAUGAAACGUCGUCAGCUGGCUGCCGAAUUUGGUGGAGAUAAGUUUCCCACUGCCGGAACUGAAGUGGUCACGGAGGCGCUGGUCGUGUACAGCACAGCCACCGUUGUUUGGCAAGAUGGAACAAUAGAACCGAACAUAAUGUCCACCGAGCUUCGUCCUAUUCACCAUUUAGACGACCACGAAUUCUUCCCGGGUGACUUCGUGUUGACCGGCAAUACUGAUCCGGCGAAAAAUCCGUCCUUCCGAGACUAUGGCGUAAUCCAGAACGUGGAUCAUCAUGGCCGCACGGCACGUGUGAAGUGGUUCACGACGUACACGUGCCUUUCUGAGCCGCAACCGACGUAUAAUGGUGAGUCGGAAGUUAGCGUGUACGAUCUGAAAGAUCAUCCAGAUUUUCAGUAUCGCCCCGGGACGAUAGUGAUUCGAGUGGCCAACUUUACGGGCGAGGAGACCAGUUCCACCGCCGGUCAGGUUUUGGAUAACUAUCCCAAUGGUAUGGUUAAGGUGUGGUGGGUAGACGGAUUCGUGAGCAUGUGCUGGCCGCAGGAUAUUUUCGAGGUGGGACAGUACGACUCGGAGAAUAAUUUCUGGGGCAGCGUGGCCGAUUCAGACGCGGAAUCAUGGGAAACAGAGGCAGAAUCAUGUCACUUUGGAGACGCAGAAUCGACUUCUCCGUCGGUAGUGCUUAAACCACAGCUUACGGCUAACCUUGAGCGGGCGCGUGUAGCUAUCGCGCGACUGGAAGAACUGUUCAACAUAAAUCCACACCUCCAAAGCCAGGAUAUCAUGAAGAAGUUGAUGUUGGUUUACAAAAAGUGUCGCUUUCUUGACCGGUUAUUGAAUACGACCUUUUUCCACGAGCAACACUUUAUGGGUCUGGUAGAGCGAGUUCGUAAGUCGAACAAUCAGACUACGACCGAGCGAGUGCAGGAUCAAAAGAACCGGCUAUUCAACCAAGCCGGGUCCGGUUCAAAAACGUCUACUCCAACGGCGGAAACACCGGAUACUACGCGAGCGCUUCCAUCGCAGCAACAGGCACUAUUUGAUUCCGGCACUUCGAACUGUUCGUGGGCGGAGAGUAGUCCUGUCGAGAAACCAGAGGAAGAAUAUAGGGCAAACUAUACCGUCGGCGUCGCAAACAUGGAGCUGGAGUACGCAAAUAACCUAUGCAGGAAGAUGAACGAGGACGCCGAUCUUAAUAAUACCAGCUCCGUGUUCGACUUGGCCGCGAUAGAGUUGGAGUCGGAUUCCAAACCGGACCAAGAAGACCGGGAGACGGGUGAACAGUUGUCACGAGAAUGUGUCUCAGCUCGGCUUUGUUCGCUUCUCAAGGCCCAGCUAAUAAAGGUGCUGGAAGAGAUUAACGAACGAUAUGGAUUGGAAGAUCCUUUCAAGGAGAUCAUCUCGGUGGUGGAGCUUAAGACACCAACGCUGGCCUCAAUGCCACCUUCAUGGACACCAUCACCGGCUGAGACGCCAGAAGCCCCGGAAAGUGUCCCCGAACCGGAAGCUUCAAGCUCACCGGUUCUGGCCGAUAAUGCUGAAGCGCAAGCAUCGCCCGUUGCCGAUGUUCCGUCAGAAUGCUUCCAGGUCAUCGAAUCAGCGCCUACCUCGCACAAGUUUCACUUGACUAUUUUCCAAACAAGCAACGCCCAAAGCUUCUACAAAGCGGUCCAGCGCGAACACCGGAUGCUGCGUUCGGGGCUGCCACCGGGUGUCUGGGUGCGAACGUUUGAAGAUCGGCUCGAUUUGCUGAGCGUAAUGAUCGAGGGACCGAAGAAAACACCGUACGAGGACGGACUGUUCCUGUUUGAUAUCCAGCUCGGCAAGGAUUAUCCUAGUGCGCCGCCGUUGUGCCACUACAUCAGUUACUGUUGUGAUCGGUUGAAUCCAAAUCUGUAUGAAGAUGGCAAAGUGUGUGUGUCACUGUUGGGCACCUGGUCUGGUCGAGGACCUGAAGUUUGGGGGCCAUCUAGCACGUUGUUGCAAGUCAUCGUCUCUAUUCAGGGCUUGAUACUAGUCGCAGAGCCAUAUUUCAACGAGGCAGGAUAUGAAAAAUUGAAAGGAUCUCAACAAGGUAAGGAAAACUCUCGCAUGUACAACGAAAUGGUGUUGCUGAAGCUGGUACAAUCAAUGACCAAGCUGGUGUCGAAUCCGCCUGAAGUGUUUCGUGAGGAAAUAUUGUCACACUUCCAUGCAUGCGGCGAACGGAUGCACAAUCGACUUAAAACGUGGAUGGAAAUGUCCAGCAACUGCAAUCGUGAUGCUGGAACUUCCGCUGGAAAAGAAAUGGAAUCGAAAUCCUCGGAUGCUCUUCAAGCAGCUCAAUCAACAAACGCUUCCUUGGGUGCCGAUGAAAGUGAUCAUUCAUCGGCAAGGCUUUUAAAAUCCGAGACCUGCACUAUAGCGCAGCCUGAGUUUUCACUCAUACCGGCGAGCCGUGGUUUUUGCCUAACAUUGACUGGCCUUUUGGAAUCAUUCCAAAAACAGCUCGAACAGCUAUCUCGGACUCCGCCGUCGUCCUUACCAGAAAAUAAUAUAUAA